AUGAGUGAUGACAAUCUUCAGAUUCUCUUAUCUCUCGGUGUUUAUUGUCGAAGAGGAACUCUUCGCAAAAACGACGGUGAUAAAACCGAAGACAGUAAGUAAAAAAAACAUUCAACAUAUUAUUUGUUCCCGUAUAUCAUUGUUUUUGCAGUCUUUCCUACCGAAAUCUUUUAUUAUGGAAUGGAUCAAACUGAUUUCGUUCAACAAAACCCACCAACUGAAUCAACAAGAAGCAACAAAACAUGGAAACGUGAAGUAUCAUUGGUUAAUCAGAACGAAGACACCCAAACUCAACGAAUCGUCGAAACUGUUCCAAUGAUUGAACUCACAAAUCGAGUGGAUGAAAUAGAGUAAGUAUUUUAGAGAUGCAGAAGCUGUUACAAGGAUAGCCAUGUUUCGAAAUAUUCACGAAAAGAUUUCACUUCCCGAAAAUUACAACAUACCUGUACUAAAAGCUUUGAUUGAGCUUUCCGAUUCUCGUAUUUCAUAGGAGUCUAUUUCUUAAAAAUGGGGAAAUAUUUGCAUGGAUUCACGUUAUGUGGUUCACGUUGAAUUCUCUCCCAAAUUCAUUUUCUAUAUUCUAUUUCUUUGCAUUUUUUUCAAACCAACUCCAGAUUGUCAUUCUCAAAAAGUUUUCCAUAUUGACCCUUAUAAACAUAUAUAAAAUGGAAUCGGGGUGAGGGGUAUACUUUUUUCAAAAAUUUAUCUUUACUUUAUUAUGUAUAAAUUUCAGAGAGAAUGACUGCAACGCGGAGGAAUCUGACUCGAUACAUUGGGUCCGGCGAAGUACUCGACAAACAAAAAAAGUUGUUCACGUUGCAAAAAAGGUUUCUGCGCGAGAGUUGAAAAAACCACAGAAAACGACUGGAAAAUCGAAAACAACGGUUCAAGUUCAACUUGAGUCAUGGAAAGCCAUUCUUGAUGAAGCAAUGAUAUGGGCAGCUUCAAUUUGCGAAAGAAGAAAUAUUUCUAGAAAAGGAUUGGAACAUUUCCUUCUUUGUUCUAUUCAUGCUCUUUCCAAAACACUGGCAAAGUUUGCUGUUCGUUCUCGAGAAAUCCAUAUAUCAAUGAUGAGAGUAGGCUCAGAAUUGACGAAAUUUUUGGAAAUUGCAUUUUUAUCUGGUAUGAAGGUAAAUGUUUAUUGUUUUUCUUGCAUUAAUUCAUUUUUAAAAAAUUCUCAGAGUAUAAACUCAACUUUCCAACACAUGGUUAUUGCUACAUUCAACAAAUUUAUUAAAAAUCCAUCGAUGAUGCAUCAGACAAGUUCAGUUUGGAUUCAAACGAAAGAAUUUUUAAAACAUAUGAUGUCUGGAAUCCAAAGAAAAACGAUUCUGUAUGCAUUAAUGCGAUCAUUUAUUGAAACCCAAACAUAGUAAGUGUUCACUUCAAUUAUUUUAAAAAAUAUUUGUUUUUUUUCAGUUUUAUGGAAAAAGGAACUUCGUCUGAACAUAAUCAUAGACACGUCAGUUAUGUACUUUCACAACUGUCUGAAUUCAAUAAUUUUCUAUCCAACAGACUUAUUCAAUUAUCAGACCAAAAAGACUUUGGAAUUGCAUAUUAG